AUGGCAGCUGGACGACCAAUCUUCAGCCUUGUGGCUCUCUUCUUCACAGCCGGAGCUAUGCUGCUCAUGUUCUUGACCCUGCUAGGCGGAGCUACCAACCACACGCCUCUGAACGAUAUCUAUUUCCUCCAGGCAGACACUUCUUCGAUCCCCGGUGCCCCGCCUGCCUCGCGAUGGACCUUUUGGAACCUGUGUAGCGUGCAAAAUGGGAAGAGCCAGUGUGGUUCUUCGCACCCUUGCUUUCCCUUUGACCCUCCAAACUCGCGCAACUUUGGCACUGAUUCCAAUGUUCCUGCUGAAUUCAUUGGAACCAAGCACUACUUUCUGAUGUCGCGGUUCAUGUUUCCGUUCAUCAUCAUAUCGCUCUUCUUUGCGACUUGCUCUCUCUUCCUCGGUUUCGUGGCCAUCUGCACUCGGAUUGGAAGCUAUCUCUCGAGUCUCCUUACCUGGCUCGCAUGGGUGUUCCAAGUUAUCACCACCUCUUUGAUGACAGCCUGUUUCGUCCAAGGCCGCAACCACUUCAACUCCAAUGGCGAGAGCGCAUCCCUGGGCAAGAAAGCAUUUGGCUUCAUGUGGACCGCCGUGGCAUGUCUGACCAUCUCGACCGUGCUGUACUGCGUGGGUGGCUCCCGAGGCAAGACUGAAGAAGGCUACACCGGCCGCGAGACCCGGCGACGCGGAUUCUUUGGUGCAUCGAGACACUCCAGCACUCGCUCGCGAGGAAGCUUCCGCAACAGUACUGCUGAAGAGCGCAAGAACUAUACUGCUUGA